UGAUCGUGGAAUGUGACCCAAAUCCUCGUAGUUACAGACCCCCCAGUGGAGAUCACUUUGUGCCUGAGGCUUCAGGGUGGAGAAGUUAAAAAUGCUUUGUGAAGGUUUCAACAUUUAUACUUGAUCACUGCUCCAAAGAUUGUUCGUAUUGGUGUGAAGGAAACAGUAACCAUCCAAAUGUUUGAGGCUCGCGGGAAUUUUGAUGCCUCCAUUUACCUCCUGAACCAAAGAGAGAUGGCAGUGUGCUCCGACAGGCACACCGUCAAACUCAACCACACAAACAACUUUGCCGAAGUCUUAUUUAUCCAGAUCCUCCCAGAAAACGCCAGGCAAUGUAAAUUAUCCCGCAGGAGCCGGUAUGUGACGCUGGCAGUGGAAAUCCCCAAACUGCUUUCGAGGAGGAGAAUGAUUCACCUCCAUAUUCGGCCGAAACCGUAUUUCAUUUUUAUCGAAACCGACAAGCCCACUUACAGGCCCAACGACACAGUACGAUUUCAAACCUUUUCCCUCGAUCACGAGUUGAAGCUCUCACGUUGCGAUGUUGAUGUAGAAAUUCGGCAAUCCAACACCAUUGUUGCAAUGGCUAGGAGUCGCACGCAAGGCCCGACUGCAGUCUGCAGGGGAGAAGUACAGCUCCCGUCGUCACUGGUUGGAGACUUUGAGAUGCAGGGAUCUUCUACAUUAUAUUCUGCCUACCAAGGUCAUAAACCCUUUCAGAUAAAGGAGCACGGUGGCAUGGAAGAAAAGAAGAGCAUUGUACCAAAUUUUCUAAAAUAUGCAAUUAAUCUAACAAAGACAAAACGCUACUUCAUACCUGGAGCUCCUUUUCAAAUUAUGGCAUUGGUGACCUACCUGGAUGGCUCCCGUGUCUCUGAAGUGCCAAUCAAAAUUAAAAUAAUUAUUUCUGCGGGAAAAACCCUCGAAUCUACCCAGGAAGGAUUAACUGACAGUAUUGGUGAACUGAGCCUCUCCUUCAAUGUUCCUGAAAAUGCGAAAGAUAUAUACAUCAGUGCCUCAGCUGGCGAUAUCACAGUUGGGAAUGACGUGAGCCAAGAAAUAGCAAUCAAGUGCCAUGACAGCAAGCAGGCCUACCUACAUAUCGGUGUCACAAACGCUCUGCUGUACACUGGAGACAUCAUUGACGUGACAUUAUCACCGUUCAGUCGAGCAGACAUCAGCGAUGUCAACUAUUUUUACUACAUGGUGCUCAAUAAAGGGAAGGUGCUGCUUUUUGACAGAGUCAGGAAGACAGUGAACACCUCGUUUCCAGUGACAAUCACAGACGAAAUGGUGCCUUAUUUCCGCAUUGUGUCCUACUAUUUUGUAAAUAUUAAUGGUAACAAAAGCAUCAUCUCAGACUCUGUGCGUGUGGAGGUGGAGGACCUUUGCAGUUCAAAGUUUCAGGUACAACCUGCCCUGUACACAGACAAUGAUCAACAAAGAUUGCUGCUUUCAGUGUUUUCUAACCAGGUGUCUGAUGUGUUUGUCCGUGCAGUGGACACACAGCUCUAUGGUCCCAAAAGAGACACGAGUAUGUAUCAUCAGGCCUUCUACUGGAAAGACUACUAUGACUUUGGCUCAUCCUAUGGUGGAGGACAAAACUCUGUCAAGGUCUUCGAAGACGCUGGGCUGCGCCUAAUCUCUGAUCUGAUGGAGUCGACAGAAAUUAGCGAAACAACAAGCAUUCCGUGGCAGAGAGGGCCAUUAACUGUUUCCAGAAGCGGUAUUGAGACCGCCGAAACGCACAACAUUGUACAUCCUACGUAUGAGCACACUUGGAUGUGGCAGAUAGAGAACGCGUCUGGACAGAAAACAUACAGGUUAACAUCAGAUAUCAACCCUCCCCAGUUCUGGGAAAUUAGUGCUUUCAGAAUAACAGAAGACAGUGAAGUGUGCAUUGCGAAGCCUCUGAUAAUGAGGAUAGAUGACAGCAUUUAGGAUUCUCCUAAACUGGAUGACCAAUUCUGCAGACUGAGAGCUACAUUAAAGGGACAGGCCUUUCAUCGUAGAUGUCCAAGACCAAGAAUGCUACAAUAUACAUUUGUGAUUUCACCAAACUGUCUUCACAAUUUCCUAUUGCAUUGUCCCAAAGAUAAGAAAUGUAGACCAUUCAAAGGCCGAUGUUGUCUCCCAUGUGACUGGAUGAUGCAUGAGCAGCGAUGUUAAAUAAUCUGCUACGUUAAAUAAAAUGCUUUUAUUGUCACUAAA